AUGCCUGUGGCCUCCCGUUGGCACCGAGGCGGGGCUCCAAAACAUAACCUGCAUUUCAGAAAUGAAGUAGAAAGUAGGACCACACUUCAGGAGUUACUACUCUACUCUAUUUUUUUAAUAAUCCUAUGUAUAUUGUCUUUUGGGAUGGUAAACCCACAUAUGUAUUACUUAAACAAAGUUAUGUCAUCUCUGUUUUUGGACACUUCUGUGCCUGGUGAUGAAAGGAGCAACUUUAAGUCUAUUUGCAGCAUCCCUGAUUUUUGGAAGUUUAUGGAAGGACCCCUUUUGGAAGGUCUAUACUGGGACUCCUGGUACAGUAACAGCCAAUUGUAUAAUUCAAAGAACAGCAGUCGCAUCUACUCUGAGAACAUACUCUUAGGAGUCCCCAGAGUCCGUCAACUAAAAGUCCGAAACAACACAUGCAAGGUCUAUUCAUCCCUUCAGUUUCUGAUGAGCGAUUGUUAUGCCAAAUACACUUCUGAAAAUGAAGACAUAUCUGAUUUUGGCCUUAAAGUUGAUACUGAAUGGAAGUAUUCUACUCCUAAUAGCAACUCCCCUUGGCACUGGGGAUUUGUUGGUGUUUACGGAAAUGGGGGAUAUAUUUUCACUUUAUCAAAAUCAAAAUCUGAAACCAAAAACAAGUUCAUUAAACUUCAACAGAACAACUGGAUCACAAGAGGGACUCGAGUUAUUUUUAUUGAUUUUACGUUAUACAAUGCUAAUGUAAACCUGUUUUGCAUCAUCAGGUUGGUGGCAGAAUUCCCUGCAACUGGAGGAAUACUUACUUCAUGGCAGUUUUAUUCAGUGAAACUCCUCAUCUAUGUUAGCUACUAUGAUUAUUUUAUUGCUUUCUGUGAAAUCACAUUUUUAAUUUUGUUUACUCUCUUCCUAAUACAAGAAGGCAAAAAAAUGAAAGAAUUUAAGUUUGCCUAUUUCAAACGUAUUUGGAACUGGCUAGAAUUACUACUUUUGGUGCUGUGUUUUUUGACCAUUUUCUUCAACUUAUUCUGUAAAAUACAAAUUUUUCUCUUACUUGAACAGCUGUUUAAACGUACUGAAGAAUAUUCAGACUUCUAUUUGCUCGCACACUGGCGCAUUUUUUACAACAAUAUACUUGCUAUUAUCAUCUUUUUUGCAUGGAUAAAGAUAUUCAAAUUCAUAAGCUUUAAUAACACAAUGUCUCAGCUGUCAUCAACCUUGUCCUGCUGUAUCAAAGACAUAGUAGGAUUUGCCAUCAUGUUUUUUAUAAUACUCUUUGCUUAUGCCCAGUUAGGAUUUCUUGUUUUUGGAUCACAGGUUGACGACUUUUCUACUUUUCAAAAUUCCAUAUUUGCACAGUUUCGAAUUAUUCUCGGGGAUUUUAAUUUUGCUGCUAUUCAGCAAGAAUAUCGCAUCUUGGGACCCAUUUACUUCAUCACCUUCAUCUUUUUCAUAGUCUUUGUCCUAUUGAACAUGUUCUUGGCAAUAAUUAAUUAUACCUAUUCGGAAGUGCAAGAUGAUUAUUCAUUAGGCAGAAGACCAUAUUUUAAACUUGGUGAAAUGAUUAAGAAGAGUUACAACAAUGUGCUCAAAAAACUCAAACUAAAGAAACCUCAAGAGGCUGAAGACAAUAAAAGUAGGAAAAACAAAGAUUUGGCUGAACAAGCCAGAAGAAAAGGCUUUGACGAAAAUGAGAUUCAAAGUGCAGAGCAGAUGAAAAAAUGGAAAGAGAGGCUUGAGGAAAAGUAUUAUUCUACAGAAAUUCAAGAUGACUACCAGCCUGUCACUCAACAAGAAUUUAGAGACCUCUUUUUAUAUGCUUUGGAGCUGGAGAAAGAAUUACACUACAUCAAUUUAAAACUAAACCGAGUGAUGAGAAAGGUUUCAGCUCUAUCCUACUGAGACAAGUGGAGGUGAGAAUCUGUGAUGCAAUCAUUGUACAUUUCUAACAAAGAUUCAUUUCUGUAUUGAAUUAUUUCCUAAACUUGUCCCCAUUUCCGAUAUGCUUUAAAAGCACUAAACCACCUAUCAUCAAACUAUUGCCAGAGUCAAUGAUAAUCAUCAAAUGAUUUCUGGGACUUAAGUGCCCCUGGAUGGGACCGACUGUACAAUCAUGUGUAUUACAACAUGCCUCCAAAGUAUAUAUACACUGGUUCACACAGAGGACUUUAUAAGGUUAUUAAACUAGAGGCCCAGUGCACAAAAAUUUGUGCACUCGGGGGUGGGAGGUCCCUCAGCCUGGCCUGUGCCCUCUCGCAGUCUGGGACCCCUCGGGGGAUGACCACCUGCUGG